CCUCACUCUUCUUCUCUUCCUCCCACUGCACCGGGGACAGACACUGCUCUAUAAUCUCCCUCAUCAUGACCAUGGUCUACUCCUCCCGAAGCUCCAUGGGCGGCGGCGGCUUCGGCGGCGGCGGCUUCAGCAGCGGGGGCUUCGGCGGCGGCGGGGGCCGAGCAUCCUUCGGGGGAGGCAUGAGCGCCUUCAGCAUGGCGGGGGGAGCCGGAGGAAGUGGGGUUAGGGUUUCCCAGGCCAGCAGGAGCUUCUCCGCCGGCGGUGGUGGAGGCGGCGGCGGCGGCUACGGCUUUGGUGGCGGAGCAGGUAGUGGUUUUGGAGGGGGUGCAGGCUUCGGCGGGGGUGCAGGCUUCGGGGGUGGUGCAGGCUUUGGCGGUGGUGCAGGAUUAGGCGGCGGUGGAGACAACAGCGUCAUCGGCAACGAGAAGUUCACCAUGCAGAACCUGAACGACCGCCUGGCCACCUACCUGGCCAAGGUCGCAGCGCUGGAGAAGGCCAACGGCGAGCUGGAGCUCAAGAUCAGGCAGUUUGUGGAGAGCAAGGUGGGCCCGUCGUCCAGAGACUACAGCCACUUCUACACCGCCAUCGCAGAGCUGCAGGGGAAGAUCCAGGACGCCAUCCUUUCCAGAGGAUCGGUCAUGCUGAGCAUCGACAACGCACAACUGGCUCAGGACGACUUCAGACUCAAGUUUGAGAACGAGCUGUCCAUGCGCCAGUCGGUGGAGGCGGACAUCGCCGGGCUGAAGAUGGUGAUGGGGGAGCUGGGCGUGGCCAAGACCGACCUGAGCAUGCAGAUCGAGAGCCUGAAGGACGAGCUGGUGACCAUGAAGAAGAACCACGAAGAGGACCUGAUGUCCAUGCGCACUCAGAUGAGCGGUCAGGUGAACGUGGAGGUGGACGCCGGCCCGCAAACCGACCUCACCAAGAUCAUGGAGGAGAUGAGGGAGCACUACGAGAUGGUCGCCGCCAAGACCAACAAAGAGCUGGAGUCCUGGUUCCAGUCCAAGUCGGAGGCGCUCAAUAAGGAGGUGGCGACUACAGAGAUGACCAUCAAAUCCACGGUCUCGGAGGUGAAGGACGUGAAGAGUCAGCUUCAGGCUCUGGAGAUCGAACUCCAAUCACAGCUCAGCAUGAAAGCGUCUCUUGAAGCCCAACUGGCCGAAAUCCAGGGCCGCUACGCCAUGCAGCUCAACGGGUACCAGAUGCAGGUGAGCGGUAUGGAGCAGCAGCUGGUGCAGCUCCGGGCCGACCUGGAGAGACAGGGACAGGAGUACCAGAUGCUGCUGGACAUCAAGACCAGACUGGAGAUGGAGAUCGCCGAGUACAGGAGGCUGCUGGACGGGGAGGGCGGCGGAUCCACAGGUAUGUCCUCUUCAGGUUUGUCCUCUUCAGGUUUGUCCUCUUCCUCCUCCUCUUCCUCCACCACCGUCACCACCACAGUUGUCAAAAAGGUCAUCGAGGAGAAAAUCUGAGACCAAUCACACGUCUUACCUCUGAAUCAGGACAACGGUGCAUCGGGCUGCAGCUCUGUCACUUCUCUCAUCUUCUGGUCUAGUUUAAACCACAGUGGCUACAUUUACAUGCACAUGAUAUUCCAAGUUUUGCACUUAUUGUGAAAGAACACACUAUAAAACACAUGAGGGUAUCUCAAAUGGGGUCAAUUCUUAAUUUAAACAUUGAUGCCUUUACAUCGAAUCAGUUUGGGAAUUCGGGUGAUACCCUGCCGUAGAUAUGACCUCUGACAUGAAAGAAGGUUGCCUGGAUAAUGGCUGUAAAAGAUCAGUGUUUACAUCAAGAUGGUGGAAUAUUAGUGUGCAUCUAAACAUAAUCAAUGAGUCAAAGACUGUCAUUGUGUGAUAGUUUGGGUCGGGGACAACUUUACUGCCGACAAAGCUUCUGUCUUCUUUAAGCAAUAAAACUCAACUAAACUCAA